GGUUCCUAGCGUGUGCGAGGAACCCGCUUGUGGUGCCGUCGCUGCCGGCUUUCCUCCAUGGCACUGGCUGCUGAAAUACGUAAGUUCCCACUGCCUGUACAAGGGUUCACUCUCAAAUCAGUGAAGAGUGCAGCUACUGCAGAGUUUUGAUUAAAAUGUUGCUUAUGUCUGUGGUCUGUAGGCAAUCUUAAAGCCCAGAGAGGAGGUUGAAUCAAAAUACCCUCACUUUAGAUCUAGCUGUGCAGCAGAGAGCUGGAUUUUCUUGAGAAAUGUCCAGUGUUCAGCCCUUGCUUGUGACCUUUUUGUUUGUUUUUGACCUAACUAAAAUGGUGACAGUGCUCUCAGAAAUUAUUCAGCUCUAUCUCUUUUUAGCUAGACAAAGAGACAUACCAAAUUAUGAACAGAGAACAGCAUGUUUAGUCUGAAAUGACUUCUGGACAAUACGUUAAAAAAUGUGGUUUAGAGCUUAGGGAAUUCCCACGUAUUCAUUUCUGUGGGUAUUUUUUUUCUGUAAUUGUACUUCUACUUAUCACUAAAUCUGUUCUAUUAUUGACAGGCAUAGGAAUUCCCCAGGCCCCCGAGGUGACUGGCUGUUGUAGGUGCAAAAUGUAGUGCGUUCUGACUAGGUGGAAAGUGAUUCUGUAUGUUUCUUCUGAGCUUGGCUUAUGUCUUUUACACUAGUUUUAUGUUUGUGUAACUGCUUCAUGUUCAGGCAUUUAUACAGCUGUAUCAGAUCCAUACCUCCAUCAGACUAUUUACUAGAAAAAGCUUGUUUCAACUGUAUGACUUGGGGCAGGUUAACUGUUUUGAGUGUGUUGUCAUUAUCAUGUUUUGACCUAAUUUGCCAUGUGUACAGUAAUCAGAUAUCUUGUGUAGGGUUUUGAACAUUAAUAAGGCAGCCUCUGGGAUAACAACCUAUUUCUUGUUAAUAUAUUGCUAUGCUAAGUUGAGUUUUUAGGGGAAGGGAGUGUUUUUAAAUCCAAUUCAGCAUUUAGGGAGAGCACGUUGUUUAUUUGGGGAGUGUGGAUAGCGGCAGGGUGGCACUGGGGGCGGUGUAUUGGAGCAGCAGGUGUAACACAGAGGUGAAGCGCUGUCCCGGGGGUGCACGCCGUGGCCCUGUGCUGCCGCAAGCGUGCUGCGGUGCUGAAAGGUUCUCGAACGAAACUUGAGGGUUGGGAAGGGAGCGGACGCGGCAGUCAGGGCCGGGCAGGGUGCAGGAUCCGAGCAGCCGCCGUAAGUGUGCAGCGUUUCCUGUCACCUGGCCUGCAAACUGCUCGCAAUGAGGAAGUCGAGUAGAUUACCUUCUUGCGUCUUUCAGUUUUGUGUUAAAAUGAGAAUGACUUGUCAGUGGCUCUAAACUAAAGAGAGGCAGUUGCAGCAAAAGCCAAGACAGAAGAACAGCUUUGUACCUUCAGCAGCCAGAUGGAAGAAGGAGCGCAGUAAGCGGCCUGUAGUGACACAGCUGUUUUGUGCGGAGGAAAUGGACUCGCUCGCGAUCCGCGCUGGAGGCGGUUUGCUCUGAUGCGAUCAGCGACGCUCGCAGCGCCAGGUUCCUCACAUCGUGGUGUGAAAUUUACAGCCCGGAGCCGCCCGGGGGCCAUGGAGUUCUCCAGGUGCCUCUACGUUAUCAGCGAGGCGCUGGCCAAGGACGACCUGGCGGCUCUGAAGUUCCUCAGCCUGGAGCACAUCCCCCUGCGGAAGCAGGAGGCCAUUCAGGAGCCCAAGGCCUUCUUCCAAGUGCUGCAGGAGAAAGGCCUGAUCGAGGUGGGGAAUCUGGCCUUCCUGAAGGAGCUGCUCUACCGCAUCAAUCGCAUGGACAUCCUGACCUGCCACCUGGGCUCCAGCCGAGAGGAGAUGGAGCGGGAGCUUCGGAUCCCGGGCAGGGCAAAGGUGUCCGCGUUCAGGUACCUGCUCUUUCAGCUGUCUGAAAACAUCACCACUGAUGAGCUGGAAAGUUUCAAAUUUCUUCUGGGAAAAGACCUACCAAAAUCCAAGCUGAACAGCAAGAAUACAAUGAUCGACGUUUUCAUUGAGAUGGAGAAGAAGGGGAUUUUGGGAGAAGACAACCUAAAGUACCUGAAGACUCUUUGUGAAAAAGUUGACAAGAGCCUGGUGAAGAAAAUUGAAGAGUAUGAAUUAAACCUAUGUGGUGAAGAAGAGAUGCUCAUCACAGAGGGACAGAGUGGCAACAUAGGAGUCACUGAAGCCCAUGCCAGAUGGCUGGCCUCAUCUGUGGCACCGGAUUCUCCUGACAACCAUAGUGAAUCUUCCCGGCAGCUUGAAGUUUACAAAAUGACCAGCCGACCCCGUGGAGUGUGCCUCAUCCUGAAUAAUCACAAUUUUGCAAGAGCCAGGGCAGAAGUGGCUGAACUAAAGCUGAAUGAUCGGAAUGGGACAGACAUGGAUGCAGCGGCUCUGAAGAAAGUCUUUACCAAGCUUCACUUCAAAAUAGCAGAAUAUAAAGACCUCACCGCAGAGGAAAUACGUAACACUGUGAACAUCUAUCAGUGCGAGGACCACAAGGACAAGGACUGCUUUGUUUGCUGCAUCCUUUCUCAUGGAAAAAAAGGCAUUAUAUAUGGUGUUGAUGGGCAGGAAGUACCUAUCCAGGAACUGACUACUUCUUUCACUGGGCGGAAUUGCCACUCACUUGCAGGAAAACCAAAAGUCUUCUUUGUUCAGGCCUGCCAAGGUGAUGCUCGCCAGAGAGGUGUAACCAUCGAAGUAGAUUCUGGAGCUCAAGAUUCUUCUGUAGAAACAGAUGCAAGAUUCCAGCUUGACUGCAUCCCCUCGGAAGCAGACUUCCUCCUGGGCAUGGCUACCCUGCAGGAUUAUGUAUCUUACAGAAGUCCAAGCCAGGGGACCUGGUAUAUACAGUCACUGUGCCAACACCUAGAGAGCAGCUGUCCUCGAGGAGAAGAUAUUCUCACCAUCCUGACAGCAGUGAACCAAGAGGUGAGCAGAAAAAUUGACAAGCAGAAUGCAGGGAAGCAGAUGCCACAGCCCAGUUUCACCCUGAGGAAAAAGCUCAUCUUUCCUGUCAACUGAAUGUGAGGGAACUGCAGAGCAGCAGCUUGGAAAUUGCUGGUAUCAGUUCAGGCUUUGGUAGAACGUUACUGACAACUUUCACUGUCUGCUUUUAGCACAGCAGCAGCCGUUUUAUUGCUCCUCAGCUAUAUCUUCAAGCACUUAGUGUUCAUUUGUAUGACGUUUUAUACUUGAGAGCAUCUCUGAGCUGGUCUCUGAUUUGUAGUUUGCUAGCUAAAAUACACUCUUUUUUCUAUCAUCA